CGCUCGACUCAAACAAAGGUAAAUUAUCUCUGUGGUGAAAGUGUGUGAUCUGUCUGUUGGCUGUGAAACACAUCCGGGGACGUGUUCGGGGCAUUUACUUGUGUUUAACCCAACACGCUCCGGACUUCUCGUGUGUUUUGUCCGUAUUAGCUGAAUGGAUUAGCAUCGUGCUGCUGCUCGUCUUUAUCUGCUCAUCAGCUCGCUUGUUUACAUCAGUGCUGUAACACAUCAGGCUCAGUCUGAGCUGGUACACAUCAGGCUCAGUCUGAGCUGUCUGCACACAGGACACGGAUGGAUCAUGAGUGACUAGCCAGCCCGCAGCAGCAGCAGCUCGGUGCGCACACGGACUGUUUCUGGGAGAGGAGGAUGGCAUUUCACGGCGCAGGCCGGCAGACCGUCUGUGGAGACCUGUUUCCGGGCUCUGAGCUGGGCCACAAGUAUUUCUGUGUGAACUCCUCCUGCGGAGCCCCCUCCACGGGCCUCAGCGCCACGCCGUGCCUGACCGGACCCACUGCCCCGGCAGGAACCCCUCGUCACCCGACCGCUCUCGGAGGCAGCGCCGGCGGCGGAGCAGCGGUGCCUCAGCCCUACAGCAACCCGGCCAGCGAGGUGCCCAGCCCCGCAGAGAUGGAGCCGGACCGACCCAUCGGUUAUGGCGCAUUUGGCGUUGUCUGGUCGGUCACAGAUCCACGUGACGGCCGGAAGGUGGCUUUGAAGAAGAUGCCCAAUGUCUUCCAGAACCUGGUCUCCUGUAAGAGGGUCUUCAGAGAGCUGAGGAUGCUCUGCUUCUUCAAACACGACAACGUUUUAUCAGCGCUGGACAUCCUGCAGCCGCCGCAGAUCGACUGCUUCGAGGAAAUCUACGUGAUCACAGAGCUGAUGCAGAGCGACCUGCACAAAGUCAUCGUGUCUCCGCAGCCGCUCACCACCGACCACAUCAAGGUCUUCCUCUACCAGAUCCUCCGAGGUCUGAAGUACCUGCACUCUGCUGGGAUUCUGCACCGAGACAUCAAACCUGGAAACCUGCUGGUCAACAGCAACUGUCUGCUGAAGAUUUGUGACUUCGGGCUGGCCCGGGUGGAGGAGCCCGACCCGUCGCGCCACAUGACCCAGGAGGUGGUGACGCAGUACUACAGGGCUCCGGAGGUUCUGAUGGGCUGCCGGCACUACGGCUCGGCCAUCGAUGUCUGGUCAGUGGGCUGCAUCUUCGCCGAGCUGCUGGGACGACGCAUCCUGUUCCAGGCUCAGAGCCCGAUCCAGCAGCUGGAUCUGAUCACAGACCUGCUGGGAACGCCUCCUCUGUCGGCCCUGGCGUCGGCCUGUGAAGGAGCCAGAGCCCACAUCCUGAGGGGGCCGCACAAACCGCCGUCGCUGUCGGUGCUCUACAUGCUGUCGGACGGCGCCACACACGAGGCGGUGCACCUGCUCUGUCGGAUGUUGGUCUUUGAUCCGGCUAAACGGAUCUCCGGCAGCGACGCUCUGUCCCACCCGUACCUGGACGAAGGUCGCCUGCGUUACCACACCUGCAUGUGUCAGUGCUGCUACUCCGUUCCCAGCGGCCGAGUUUACACCCGGGACUUCGAGCCGGUCGCCGAGCGUCCGUUCAGCCACAGCUACGAGAACAGCUUGCUGUCCGUGUGGCAGGGAAAAGAGUUAAUCCAUCGCUUCAUCACGGAGCACCAGCAGGGCAAACGAGUGCCGCUGUGCAUCAACCCUCAGAGUGCUGCCUUCAAGACCUUCAUCAGGUCGACGGCGUGGCACUCGUCCAAGGUGUCCAGGAAGGAAGAGAGAUGAACGCUCCUCCUCUUCCUCUCGAGGAGCGACGGCAGUCAGAGAGGAUUUCAUCAGCCGCAACAUCUGAAAACACCGAAGAGUUUGGGUCUCUUCUUUUUUUUUUUUUUCUUUUUGUCUCUCUUCUUCUGGAGGACGCGGAGAGAAAACGACUCAUCCGACCACCAGAGAGAGAAACUCCCUCUCCUCCUGAACAUCCUCCCCCGUUAUCUCCUCCCACAAAGUUUCCAGAAUCUGAGAACGACUGCUUUCCUUUUCGAAACGACCCAAACGGCUGACGCUCGAGGCGUUUUCGGUGCUGAAUUUAAAAAACAAAAAAAAACAAAAAAAAGAAGAUGCUGCUGAAGAAAGAGGAAAAGAACUGAACUCGGUACUAGAUUGGGUUUUUCCAUCUAUGUUAGUAGAGAAAUAAUGGUUUUAAUUGUUUGGUAGAUUGUUGCUUAGUUGAGUUUUGAAGUCAUUCCAGCCUGUGCAAUACGGUUUAAUUUAAACAAGCGAUAAACACGCUGACAUCAGACUUCUGCUGUAGGACGACGCGUCACAUCGGUGUGUGUCGAAGCUCCCAGACGUGAUAACCCGCCAAACAACACGACAUCAUUAACCGCCAACACCUCCAACUUUCUCCUUCUUUUUCCAAACUGCAUUUGAACGCAUCACUCACUCACUGUGUUUCCUGUCAUCGCACGGCGUCUGCGUGCGUCGACGCGGCGAUAAUAAUAAUAAUAAUAAUAAUAAUAAUAAUGCAAUCUAACAGAUGUAGCAAGUUUUAACCACAGGUCUCCACACACAAACACACACACACACACACACACACACACACACACACACACACACACACACACACACUCUCUCUCAGCUUAGUUUGUUUCUUCAUCGCCAUCUGUCGUCUCUACUGUCUUUAACAACAGGAAGUCAUUCCCCCGCAAGUCUGUGUGGUUUUAUUUAGAAAAAUAUGACAGGAAAUUGUGACUUUUAAGUGUUUUAAUUUGACGGGAAGAUGCCAAAACUAAAACUUUUGGCGGUUCUUGUCCGUCCCGUCUCAUCGUGUCUCGUCUGAACACCGUGUGGACGGAGCGUCUCCUCCUCAGCCUCCACCUUUUAGUCCCGCCAGCGGAGAGAGACACGACGGCGCUGAUGGUUUCUUUUUUUAUUUCUUAAUUUAUUGCGUGUUUGUUGAAGAGCGCGUGUCUCCACCCUUUUUAGUUUUGGAGCGACUCCUCUGCAGGUCUGCGGCCGUCUCGGUUACCUCAAACCCUGGAAAGACAAAAAAAAAAUCAAGAAGAAAGCAGCACUGAUGUUUGCAUAUCUGUCACCCUCCCGUCACAACUCUGUCGUCAUUCCUCCAGAUGGUUGUUUUACCUCGUGCUCGCUCCUCGUCUCGACCCGCCGCUCAGAAUCAGCGAGAGGUUCUGAGAUGUUGUCGGUGAAAUGCUGCUGUUUUUGUUUCUGUUCUCCGGUGUGUUGUUUUAGUUCCUGUGUUUAGUUUCAGGCUCAGGUGUCCCGUUCUAACAGACUAUGAAUUGUACAAAGCUACACGAGGAUGCUCCAGUAUUGAUCCUGGAUCGGAUGAUCAGAAGUGUCGGUUCUGUCGCGGUGUGAUCUAGAGAUUCUCUGUUCUGUGACGACAAACUGAUGCAUUGUGUUUUAAUGUCCUCACACAGGUGACGCAGUGACCUCUGAUUGGUUGAAUUUGAUUGGCUGGUGGUUUUGCAUGUUUAACCCUUUAAAUCGUGUCGAUUUGACUUCCGUCAGUUUCCUGAAUCAGCCUGGAAGUUUGAUUUUCAAGCUGCUUGUCUGAGUUCAGGAACAAUAAACCUGCACAGACGCGCAUCAGUCUGUCCUGUCUACUGUGUUGCAUUCAAAGACUCUUUGACUAAUUUGUCUAAUAUGGAAAUUCUGGCUCAGAUUUUAAUUUUCCUCAAAGCUGCGAUCUGAAAUCUAGUCUAGUCGUCAGAACAAUUUGGAGACAGAAGAUCUGACUUCUUUCACAAAUUCUGACUUUAUUUCUGUAAUUUUCAGUUUGUGAACAAAACAACACUUGAGACAAACGAUGGACGUUAAUCACAGAGUGGAAGGUCGAAUGGAAACGACGUGUCAGCAGAACGUUUCCGUCGGUGCAGGUUUGUGUUGUGAAGUGAAGUUGCUGCUCUGUGACAAACAUGCAGAUCCAUCAGAACCAUCCUCUGGUUUCUGAGACAUUUGGACCCUGUUUGACUGCAGGAACCUUUUUUUUUUUUUUUAGGAUCUCAGGAACUUUUUUCUCGAUGAGGGUCGACUCUUUUCACCUCAACAUUCAAACAUGGCAGCAGUUUGUCUCGUCACACGCUAACGAUUCUGCUUUUUAAAUCCACGUUUGGUUCUUUUUCUUGAGAACACACUGAAGGAGCUUCGGCUCCUGGUUCAGGUCCUCACUUCCUGGAUCGUGUGUUUGAAAGGUUUUGUUUUGUUUUGUUUUUGUACACGCCCUGAACCUCCAGCAGGCGGGGCCCCUGAGCUGUGGGGCCCCUGAGCCGCGGGGCCCCUGAGCGUCCUCGUUGGCCCCUGACAGUUUCCUGAAACCUCAGCUCCUCUUCUCCAGGAACACCCAGCGAGUCUCUGUUGGUCACGAGGCCGCCGCGUUCCCUGACUUGUAUAUCUGCAUGUGUAUAUUUAUGACCCGGGGAGCGUCGGGGUUUGAAUGCUGUGCAAUGGUUGAGUUUGUCGACGACGACGCAAACGUACAUUUUGUGGUAAUUUUUAUUUAAUUCAUCUUUAGGAAGUGAUUUUUAUUAGAAGCUUUUGUUUUUGUUUGUUGUGAUCUGAUUAGACUUUUACAAAAGGCCAAGAGAACGUUUUGAUGAUUGUUCCCUUAAAACUGAGAUCGUCUUCAUGACUGAAACGUUACGACCUGAAAUAAACUGACUGGUGUAGAAUUAUUGGCAUAAUUUGUCUUAAUAGAUUAAUUUCCCUCAAAUUACCCUAUAAUUUCGUCAUAUUGCUGAAUUAGUUCCCUCAGACUAUAAAUUAAUUCCCUCCAGUGUCUUUUGUCUAGUUCCCUCAAACUACAAAUUAAUUUCCUCAAUUUUUUAGAAUUGGUUCCCUCAAAUCUCAAUUCCUCCCCCAAGAAUUGAUUAGUUCCCUCAAAAGUUUCUCAUAUCCUUGAAUUAGUUCCCUUAAACUACAGGUAAAUUUCCUCCAAUUGUUUAUAACAAGUUCCCUCAAAUUACUGCUUAAUUUCCUGCUUUUUUUACAAUUAGUUCCCAAGAAUUCACACUUCAGUUCUCCUUCCUGUUCUUCAUCACACAUCCAAUGUCAGGAUGUAAAAUAUGAACCUGCAGCGUUCAUAUUUGCAGUUUAAAUGAGCAGAUGACUUCCGGAUGAUGUCGUUCGAGUCUUCGACAUUUAAAUUAACUGAAAAUGGUGAAAACAUGUUAAAAAGAAGCUGAUUCGUUGGAGGUCAUUUUCAGGAACAUUUGGAGUAUAAAUGUGAAGAUUUAGGGAACAAUGAAUCAAAACUUUUCCCUCUUGGACUUUUUCUUUUCUUUUCUUUCUCUUGCGUUGUUGUGUUGGUAGAGAUCCUUCCAGGUGAGGAGCAGGUUUUUUUUUUUAAAACUAGAUGACCUGAGUGGUCGUUUCCCUCCCUGCACACUGAUCCGAGAUCAGCUGACGAGUGUUUCAGCUCUCGUCUGUUCAGUCUUCAGCUGGCAGACGUGGAAGGGAAGCAGAGCGGACGGACGGACGGACGGACGGACGGCUGGUCAUCUGUAGAGAUUAGACUUGUUUUUCUUCUAUGAAAAGAAACUUGAUGUUUUUAUUAUUCUAAAUAUGAAACUGAUGUUUUAAACAGAUGUUUUGUCUUCGUUUUAGCAAAAAGGUUUUUGUUUGUUUUUUGACUUGUGUUCCCGACAAAUACUUGAAUUUCUUAAAAAAAAAAAUGUUUAGACUUAAAGUAGUGAAUGAUAAAUAAAUAAAUGGACACUG